GAGAGGGAGAGGAGAGGGAGAGAGCAGCAGCAGCAGCAGCCGCAGCAGCAGCAGCCGCCCACCUGCUCGGGCACGCCCUCGUCGUCGCGUAACCGCCGUAGGUGCCGGGCGGAGGAGGCCGCCUGGCUUGACGCCAAGCACGACAACGAGUCCCUGGUCCGCGGGCUGAGAGAGCAGGGCCGCGACGCCUUUCGCGCCCACCUCGACGUCGAGUACCACCCGCGAGGGGUCGCCGAGGCGCUGCUGCGCGAGCUGGCGUACGUGCUCGACGACGACUGCGCCACGCGCCGCUACAAGGACUGGUACAAUGCGCGGCCGCGCUCGAGCGGCAUGUCCAAGAACGGCUACCUCUACCUGCCCGCGGCGGCGCGGUUCCUCGCCGCCGGCGCAGAGGCGGACGGCGCCGCGCCCGAGUCCGCGACGCGGUGCGGCGUCGGGGAGGAGAUGCUGAUGGAGGAGGCGACGCACGCCAAGCGCGGCCGGCGAGCAGGUCGAGACAGGAGGUGGAGCCAUACGACGAAGUGAAGAGCGAAUGCGGGGGGCGCUCGACACGGGGUCCCGACCCGACAGGGAGAGGGGUGGGUGGGUGCAUGGACUGAGGGACCGUUACACAGAGAGUGGAGUCAGUUAGACGGGAGUGCGCGACUGCGCGAGACGUUUUACAACAACAUGACGUGUACAUGU